UUCCGUAUUAUCAGAAUGUUCUUCAGUCUGUCUCAAAUGCCUCAAGAAGAUGCCUCGGUUCUCUAAGGACACCAUGAGGGCUACUCUUUGCACAAUCGCUUUCCUCUACUUUCUUCCAUGGAGUCUAAAUGGCCAUUUAACUACCAGCCAUAAGAACACCGUGGUACCAAACACAGCAGAUAAAGCAUCAGGGCAAAGGGAGUACACUAUUGAUUCUGGAAUAGACAACGUGGUUUCAGUUUCAAAAAGCAUUCAGAUGCUUCACCUCAGAAGCCACUCAGAACAGCAAGGCAUCCGCUCGAAGACACCCUACGCUGAUGAUAAGCUAUCAAACCAGAGGACGAGUAAAAAUGCAGAGAAUGACCAAUACAACUUGACUACUUUGCUGGCACAACCUAAAACCAAAUUAUCACAGGAAGUAGCAAGCACACCACAAAAGGAACAACGAAAGAUGACAGAAAGCUGGUACAGAGAGAAAUCUACAUCUCCUUUGCAGAAAGUGCUUACACACCAUGCCUUAACUAAAAGGCCCAAUACCACAAAUGCCAAUGUUUCGCCAAAGGAACCAAGAAGCAUGGGACCUUUAGACACACUGGAAGCCACUCAGAUUUCAGUUUCAAGAAGCGUGCAGACGAAAGACUUCACAAGUCACUCAGACCAGCAAGGAGUCCACUCACGGUUUACGUUAAAAGGUGAAGAAGAGACAUCAUAUCGUAGCAGGAAAACGCAUGAUGAUCAAGGCUUGACUACUAUGCUGGCACAACCAAAUAACAAAAUACUGCAAAAUGUUAAAACAACUGUACAAAAGGAAGAUAAACAAACCAACAGCUCCCACAGACCACAUACUACAUUUCCUUUGCAGAUAGAAAAUACUACAGAAUUGUUUGCAUCCACUAAAACACCCAAUACCACAAGGACAGAUGUUUUGCCAGAGAAAGCCAAGUAUGUUUUAGUUUCAAGAAGCAAACAGAUGCAAAAGCUCACAAGUCACUCAGGCCAGCGAAUUGUCCAUCCUAGGACACUGAACGGUGAGACACCUAAUCGGAGAACAAAGAGGAAUGAAGGUGAUGGUGAGUACACAUUCGGACCAACUGAAAACCAUUUAACGCAAAGAGCAGCAACAACUGCACAAAAAGAACAAGCAAAUAUGUCUGAAACAUCCAACAUACCAGAUUCAACAUUUUUAACAAGGACUGAAAAUGCUGCAGAAUCGAUUAAAAUCCCCUACAUUACAAAGGUGGAUACUUUAAGAACAAGCAUGGGACCUUCAGAGACACGAGAAGUCAUUCAGGUUUCACAGUCAAGAAGUGUGCAGACGCAGGACUUCACAAGCCAUUCAAAGCAGCCCGACUUGUUGCAGACGUUCAGAAAUGAAGAUGAAACAUCAAAUUGGAGGACGAAGAGGAAUGCAGAUGAUAGCCAGCAAAACUUGACUCCUACACUCACGCAGCCUAUUAAGCUAAUAACACAAGAGGUCACAACCACUCCAAAUAAAAAACGAAAACCAACAGAAAUCCACCACAGGCUACAUAACUCAUCUUUGCAGAUUGAGAAUGCUACAGAAUUUAACAUCUCAACCCAACCACCCAUUGCCACAACGACAAAUUUUUCACAGAUAGGAACAACUAAGAGGGAUCAUUCAGAGACACAAGAAACCACUCUGGAAACACUUUCUACUACUGAUUUCUCUGGACUCUACGGAGUGGAAAAAAAUGAAACAGACGCCAACAAAAACAAUACAUAUAAAGAUGUUCAUACAAGCCAUACUACAAUGGGGACUUCAAAAGAACCAAGCCCAAUGACUCACGCCCACACUUCCGCAAUAAUAGCUGAAACAAAUGUCAGUGGGGCUGCAACCGUUGGUUUGAAAACCACAGAGGGAAAAGUUACAAUCAAAUGGACUCAAGGACCAGAGGUUAAGACUCAACCUGUGACUAAAACAAAGAAAUCAUCAACCACUAAAAAGACCACUCCUAAACAAAGUACCACUCUAUCAAUCAAAAAAGACAGCCAAAAAGCGAACCCAGGUCCUGCUGUGGCAGGAGUGAUUGUCACCACAUUUUUGCUGAUGUUCAUAGCAAUCAUCAUUAUUUUGGUGAGAAAACGCAAAAUGCAGAAAAGACAGCUAGAAAAUCCUGUGUGGGCAGGACCCUCUCCAUUUUUAGAUGGUGACGUUCAUCCAAACUUGCCAACUAUGGAUGAGUCCGAAGCCAUCAACAGACAUAGCUUCAACCAAAUGUCCAUUUCCAACCACUUGGCGUUUGGUAGGAACACAAGUGAGGACGUUUUUAUGGAAGAUAUCCCGCAAGGCAGCACAUUUGGAGUACAGAAUCCAGAUGAGACCAACGCCACCAAUGGGAACUCAACAGCUGUUCAAGAUCCAAUUCAGGCAGAGGAAAACAAAAUCCAGGAUGGUCAAGCUCCCGUAGACUCUUCUUCUGACACAAAAACACCUUCAGCAGAAACUGCACAAGGGCCUGUAAUAGACAAUGGAGAAUCAGAGCAGGCUGAUGACCUUACUCCAUCUUCUUUCAAAGACAUUGCUAUUAAACCUCCGCCGUUGGUCUCUAUAGAUCUGGACUCCCUUUCAGAAGAAGCAGCUCCUUUUCAAACAUCAGAUAGUGUUGAUGCACCUGCACCACCACAGCCCUAGUAUUGUGUGAAUAUCAAUUCUCUCUUCCAGAACCAAUUACACCAAGAUGAUUUCUGGCAGAGGACUUAAAAUGUACUGUAAUGGUUAAAGACCUUUGAAGACUUUAUGAAAUUGCUAUAAUAGUAUCUAAAUAAUAGGUGUUGUUUUCUUCCCAGCACUGGUGUUUUCAACACAUUUAAGAGUCUAUGUCUUGACUAAUCAUUAGGUUUUAGUUAUAAUAUGAUCAUUUACUAUGAUUUUUGUACUUGAUAGUCAAUGGGGACUCAAUCUGAGAAGAAUAUGAUUUAGUACAUGAUGAAUCAUCAAUGUGCUUUGUCCUUUUUGUCCAGAAGACAAAAAUUGUAUAUUUUAAAUGUGUGUAUUUGUUAAAGUUUAGUCUAAGUACACCACAAUAUAGCCACUCCAACAACGCUAAUAAGUAAAAUGUCAGAAAUCAUCUCGGUCACACUUUAUUUAAAGGUACAUUUCUCGAUAUUAAUAAGCCAUUGACUACCACAUUUGCCUCAGCAAACUCCUAAAUUGGUGCUUAUUAUUAGUUAUUAAGGUAGUAGUUAGGUUUAGGUAUUGGGUAGAUUUAGGGGAUACAAUAAGAUCAAGCAGAAAAUGUAUUUUACAUGUACAAAUAAACAGACAAUAUCUUUAUAAUAGACAGGUAAUAAACAGGUACCAUUAAUCAAUAGAGAGAAUUGGACAUUAAACUAAAGUGUAACCAAAAUCUCUCGCUUGGAUUUCAUGAAGUUUUUAAAAUGUCAAUGUUUUUAUCAUUUUAAUACCUUAAAAGCAUCCAUAUUUUAACCGGGUCUCAUUAGCUAGCAUAUCAUAAUCAUAAACCAGCUUGUCAUUACAUUUUGCGCUUAGGGUCUGAGAAAAAUGCACUAUAAAUACAUUAUUAUUAUUAGUAUUAUUUUCUGCUUAGAAUGUUAAUAAGGCUUCAUUUAUAGAAAAACAAGAGUUAGUUAUACGUUAAACUGCUUUAAGACUGUACUAGUCCUGGGUUAUAUGCAGAGCCAGACAGAAACUGCAGACAUUUUUUGCUAUUUCUGGACAGAAUUUUUUUAAAAAUCUGCAGAUUUAUGUGGAACAAUUUUGGGAGUGUCAUAAAUAAAAAGUAAAAGAAAAAAAAACCUUUUUAACUUAUUUAAUCUUUACAAAGCAAAUCCAAUUAGAUUCACUUAACUGGUAAAUAAAACAAUUCUCUUAUAUGAUAUAUCUACUAAAAUAUAGAAAAUCCUACUUUACAAACAGUAUUGUAAAUAAAUCAUAAGUGCAUUUUCAUAUUUGCCAAUAUUACUGAAAUUAAUUUAAAAACUGAAUAAAUCUAAAUUUACACACAUUUACAAAAGUAAAUAAAUAAACUUAUUGAUGGGCUAAAAAUCUGCGAAUUUCUGCAUGCGCAGAUUCCUAGUGGCCCUAGUUAUAUAGUGUGUAUUUAUAAGUCAGUUACAAGCUUACAGCAUGUAUGUUUAACAUGGACAUUAAAAACAAAGAAUGUCCAAUCUGUGUGUUAUCUGUAUCAUCCACUUAAUAAUGUAUAAACAAAGGAGGUAAUACGGCCACAAAAGCCUGUGAAUGAAUUACUGCAUUUCUGCUGCCACCAUGUGCAUCUCCGAUCUUUAAGCCAAGAGAAACGGUCAAAGGGAACCUGACAAGGUCCAACAGCAGCUCACUCUAAAUAUACAAAGUGUUUCAA